AUGGUACCGUGGAAAGUGGCUUCCGGCAUGGAAAUGUGCAAUGUGAACAUGUCCGGAUUGCAAACACGCACAGAAACCGUGGAAAACCCGGAUGAUAUGGACUAUCCGGACGGGCAGCCCAAAACUAAAGAGGUGUUCAUUCAUUCCAAAUGCAUUCCUUCAUUGGGCACAACUGGUUAUCGAUGUCAAUGUCAGCCCCCGUUCACCGAGGACACCUCACAUCCGAUGCCCAAUUGUUUAAAACGAACCGGACCGUGUGACGAUCGAUUGUGUUUGCACGGCACUUGUGUGGCCUCGGCAGAGUCCAAUUCGACCAGUAUUUGUGUGUGCAAUCCGGGCUAUGAUGGACCACAGUGUGAACGUCGAGCUGAUCAUUGGAGCGUGUGGUCCGAAUGUUUACCGAUUUGUGGCACAAAUCGUACACGGACACGACGACGUUCAGCCACGAUACGGGAUCCGUCCAUUUGGGAACCCAGUUUCGACGAGUUGGCAUCCAUACCGAACAAAAUGACCGAUUCGGAAUUACACUCCUAUCCGGGUGAAUUGAUUCAGGUAAGGGGGUUGGACAGGGGCAGAUCGAUAUCAGCGAAGGCUGAGGGUGUCGAUAAUCACGCAAAUGAAUCUGACACAAUGUCCGAUUAUCUUCUGAUGCAUCGAAGAAUUACUUUUCAGUUGGAAUAUGCUAGUCCAACCGAGUUCACACAGGUGACUCAUCUAUUGUCAACCAUAAAAAACGAGGUCAUAGUGCAGCUGCCUGACUCGUUCAGCUCUCACCAUUAG